CCUUCCCGCCGGGAACCCAGCUUCCGGAAUCUCUUCUAGUCGCCGGGUCUUAAGGGCGUGGGGUCCGUGGUGGCGAUGAGGCAGAAGCACUACCUUGAGGCCGCGGCGCGGAAACUGCAAGACUGCUGCCCGGGCCAGGCCCGCUAUCUCCUCUGGGCCUACAGCUUGUCGCACGAUGCUAAAAGCACUUUCGAAGGAACAUGUCCAUACUGUUUCCAGUUGCUGGUUCUGGAUAAUUCUCGGGUGCGCCUCAAACCCAAGCCCAAACUGACACCCAGAAUACAGAAACUUCUUAAUCGAGAAGCAAGAAAUUAUACACUCAGUUUUAAAGAAGCCAGAAUUUUGGACAAGUACAAAAACUCCAAAAGUAUAUUGUUGGUUACUUGUAAAACAUGCAACAAAACAGUUAAACAUCAUGGUAAAAGUAGAAGCUUUCUGUCCACGUUGAAGAGCAAUCCUGCCACUCCUGUGAGUAAACCCAACCUGAAGACACCAGAAAGAAAGAAUCUCAGUUCUGCAAACUUAAAUCAUAGACUGUCUGGUUCCAAAGGCAAGAGCCCAGUGUUGAUUUUCAGAACACCUACAUCUGGACAAUCAACACCCACUUGCUCCUCAAAAAAUGUGACCAAAACAAAGAAACACUUCUCUCAACUAAAAAUGUUGCUUAGUCAGAGUGAAUCCAAAAAGAAUUCAAAGGUGGACUUUAGAAAUUUCUUAUCUUCUUUGUAAGCGAUGGACUAAGAAACGUCUAAUGCAGUUUUUGAAACUAAAGUUAGAAAAACAGCUUUUUAAAAACUUUAAAUUUUUUUCUUUAAAUAGAUGAAAACUAGGGUCCAAAAGCAAACUUUUCUUGGCAUUCUUCAGUGUUUAUGGAGAAAAUACCUCAUUAGAAUGAAUAAAGCAUGCCUACCUCACAAGGUGGUUCUGAGAAUCACAAAUAGAUGAAAGGUCCUUGUAAGUAGUAAAGAUUAUGUAUGGACAUUGAAUGGUUACAUUGUUUUCUCCUUGCUCAAGUAAGCUUUCAUUAUUUGUCAUUUUCUUUCAUAAGGGAUUUCAGACCUGUAUGAGGGUCUACUCCUUUCUAAGUUGUCUAGAAUGCUAUUUUGGAAAAAUGAUCAAGUAUAGGUGUUCUUGUUUUCCCACUGUCAUCUGCAUAAUUGUAUAUUAGUAACAUUUGAAUAUUACUCCUAUUUUGCAUGCAAAAGUAAAUAUUCUUUUUUCUUUUUAAAAUUUAUUUUAUUUAUUUUUUUAAAUUUUAAUUGUUGUUGCAGUAUAAUUUUCUAUCUUUUACUCCCAUCAAAAGUAAGUAUUCUUGAUUGUAGAUGAUUCAGUCAGAUACAAAAUUUUUCAUUUUUACAACUUCCUGUUCUUUAGUAAUAAUUCACCAUACAUGGUGUUUCAUUUGCUCUGGUGAAGUCUAAAAUGUAUUACUUCUAGGUCUAAAAUUUACACUAAAAUAGAACAUAGUAUAAAAGUUUAGCUGUCUUAAAUUUUCUCUGGAACACAGAUAUACUUUUUUAAAAUGAUGAACAAGAAUUGUACUCAACCUAUUUUUUAAAAACUUGAAAUAAAUAAUUUAGAUACUUUAAACUAUAAUCCAUUUCC